UAAAUUUGGCCGUUGGAGAACGCGCUUGUUCUGUUCUUCGUCCUAGCGAUUUCUUCCCUUCCAAGUGCGAGACCUGUCAGGGCCUGAAUUUGACGGGACAUUGAGAUUCCAUGGCGAGGAAGAAGAUCCGAGAGUAUGACUCCAAGCGGCUUCUGAAGGAGCACCUGAAGAGGAUUUCGGGGAUAGAACUGCAGAUCAGAUCUGCUCAGGUCACCGAGGCAACUGAUUUUAACGAACUUGCGGCCCAAGAACCAUGGCUUUCGUCAGAAAGACUGGUGGUGAAGCCUGAUAUGUUGUUUGGUAAAAGGGGGAAGAGUGGUCUGGUGGGAUUGAAUCUAGAUCUGGCCCAGGUUGCUUCAUUCACGAAGGAGCGGCUAGGGAAAGAGGUUGAGAUGGGGGGCUGUAAGGCACCUAUAACUACAUUUAUUGUAGAACCCUUUGUCCCACAUACUGAAGAAUUUUACCUUUCAAUUGUUUCUGAGAGGCUUGGAUGCAACAUAAGCUUUUCAGAAUGUGGGGGAAUUGAAAUUGAAGAGAACUGGGAAAAGGUGAAAUCUAUCUUUGUUCCAACUCAGGACUCACUAACAUCUGAGCUCUGUGCCCCGUUGGUAGCAACUCUUCCUUUGGAGAUUCGUGGAAAAGUUGAGAGCUUCAUCAAGGGUGUUUUUGCUUUAUUUUUAGAUCUGGACUUCACUUUCCUGGAGAUGAAUCCAUUUACUUUAGUUGACGGAGAGCCUUAUCCAUUGGAUAUGAGAGGAGAACUGGAUGAUACUGCGGCAUUCAAGAACUUCAAAAGGUGGGGUAACGUGGAAUUUCCAUUGCCUUUUGGCAGAGUUAUGAGUAAUACUGAAAGCUUUAUUCAUGGGCUGGAUGAAAAAACAAGUGCUUCAUUAAAAUUUACUGUUUUGAACCCGAAAGGAAGAAUAUGGACCAUGGUUGCUGGUGGAGGUGCUAGUGUCAUCUACGCUGAUACAGUUGGAGAUUUGGGCUAUGCAUCGGAACUUGGAAACUAUGCAGAAUAUAGUGGAGCUCCUAACGAAGAAGAAGUUUUGCAGUAUGCUAGGGUUGUAAUUGAUUGCGCUACUGCAAAUCCUGAUGGCCAAAAGAGAGCUCUGGUGAUUGGAGGGGGAAUAGCUAAUUUUACAGAUGUGGCUGUAACAUUCAAUGGAAUUAUUAAAGCCUUGCGAGAAAAGGAACCACAACUGAAAGCAGCAAGAAUGAACAUCUAUGUUAGAAGGGGUGGUCCAAAUUAUCAGACAGGCUUGGCAAAGAUGCGUGCACUUGGCCAGGAAAUCGGCAUUCCAAUUGAGGUUUAUGGUCCUGAGGCGACAAUGACUGGCAUUUGUCAGCAGGCAAUCAAGUGCAUCACGGCUGCGGCAUAGGUUAUUUUAUCUACUAGAGUGAAUCGUUUUGGUCUCGGUUAACCUAAGUUCGGCUUAAAUAUUUUGUAUGCUGAUGGACCGCUUAUGUGAGUUAUUGACCGUAGAUCACAAGAGUGUUGUUGUAGUUGCCAGCUUCAAACUUGAACUACUUCCUUGACAAUAGUUUAUGCAUUGAAUAAUUGUCCGUUCAUGAAUAUUUAAGUGAAUUACCAUGCUAA